UCCCAUCUUUUAUUUCUCUCAUCUCGCGGGGGCCAAGGCGCCGGCGGAGGAGCUCAUCUGAAUUCGCCCAGUUUAUCCAGUCUCCGACUUCGUUUGCCUUGCCAGUCCGUGAAACUCUUGAUUGCAUAAGGAUCUGGUAGUGCUCUCACUGUGGCUUUCGACCGAAACCAUGGCGAUGCAGCCAGCAAAGAAGAAACGCCUGGCCAGCUUGCCGCAAGAUCUCAUCGAGCUGAUACUUGUGAGGCUUCCAGUGAGCGAUCUGCUGAGGUGCUGUGGUGUCUGCAAGCAGUGGGAUGGCAUCAUCCGGGAUCCGCAGUUCACCAUGGCACACCUCAGGCGUGCGCGGCCUCGCCCCCUUUUAUUUUUCCAACGAGGCCGGGCUUCAGGCAAGUCCUUCCCUAGCGAAGCAGUCCUCUUUGAUGAGGCCUGGUCGCCAUCGACACGGGAUGUGCCCGUGAUUGAUCCUGAUGAUUUCUUGUGCGCUUCGUGCAAUGGCCUUGUUUGCUUGUACUCGAGUAACUCAACCAUCAAGAUAGCCAACCUCGCUACCGGUGAAAGUAUGCACCUAGCCAAACCCGUCAAGUACGCGACGGAAGAUCAAUCUUCGUUCUACAGCUUUGGUUUCAGCCCAGCUACAAAUGAAUACAAGAUCGUGCACUUUCUUCCGGGCCAGAAGCUCCAUCCUGAUGGUGGUUCCUUCAGUGUCAUUCAAGUUUACACGCUAGGCGAUGACAAGUGGAGGGACGUCAGAACUCUAGAAGUUGUAAGCCUGUACUGUGUGAAACAAAGUGGAGUUGUCAAUGUUGACGGAGCAAUGUACUGGCUAACCCAUGACAAAGAAAGCAACUGGCGACGGGCCGUUAUAUCCUUUGAUCUCAGAGAUGAAUGUCUAGAAAUAAUACGGUUGCCCAAAGUUGAUUUUGCGGAUCCUGCAUUUGCUAAUCCGUUCUGUUACUGGAUCACGGAGAUAGAUUCCAAGGUGUCUGUGGCUGCUGUUCAAGCCAGAAGAGAUUCCGUGCUCGCAAGGAAGCUGCAUAUCUGGACACUUGACAACAAGGUAGAGAAAAGCUGGACCCAGAAGUAUAGUAUUGAGUUGCCAGCACUUAGCGUUCUUGGACCGCAUUUCAUCUACGAGGAUAAGAUUAUCAUGCAUAGUCGUAAUGGUGGCAUAUAUUGCCAUGAAUUGACAAGCCAGCGAUUUACGAUUGACGAAACCAAGUUGGUGAAGCUGUUAGAUUCCAGCCCCCGCAGCUACGAGAAUACGCAAUCCUAUAUGUGUGUGAAGUCACUUGUUCGGUUGGAUGCAUACAAGAAGGCCGGUAUGGUGCGCACGCGAAAGCGAAAAGAGGGUUGGAAAUUGAAGAAGUGGGAGGCGUGGGAACAUGACCGUUCUAAGAUACAGGAGCUGUGGAGAUCAGGCCAUCGGAUUCAGCAAAGGAUGCAUGAAAUGGCACAUGUGAUCGGCGCAGCCAUCAGUCUGAACUUGCCUGCCCCACCAGAUCAGCAGGAUAGCCCCCACCGACGGCUUAAUUGGGUGGAGCAGAGGCGGGUGACGGACAUGCUGGAGUCUCAUGUUGAUAGUUUGGAUGCUCCAUGGAAGGUCUUAGUCCAGGCAGCUGACGCCUUCAGUAGUGAGAGCAAGAAGAUGAUCCCAGCGGCAGACCAGGCAAAGCAGAGAAAUGAAGAGGAGAGCGAGGCUGGCCCAUCAAGGCCAAAGCGGAAGAAGAAGCCCAGCUCCAGAUUUGAUUCGUCGACGUGGACAACCUGAUUCGGCAGCGCCGGCGGCCACCACCAUAUUCACAGAGAAGUAUAAGAAAUUAUACUUAACUAGUAGAACGCCAGUGCGUCGUCACGGGCAUUUUAAAAAUCUUGCUGGUUCAUCAUUAUCAUGUUCCACUAAAAGAAUAUGAGGUUUCCCCAAAAAAGAAUAUGAGCUUAAUGGAUACUAGUAAGUGUGCACGUGCAACGCACGUUUCUUUUAACGCACAAAUUAUACUCUUUUACA